AGCGAGUAUUCUUUGCAGGAAAGGUUUCGAAACGGCGAUCGUCGGCGGCCGGCACGCCCCCCAAGCAGCCAGUGAGAGGCGGCCGCUGGUGUGACGUAGAGCCCCGCCAGGCCGCGCCACACGUGAGCGCCGGCGGCCGGCUCUGCCGCCCUCAGUUAAGUGAUGGCUCCCGUGGUGGUAGGGUUGUUGCCUCGCUCGGUCGCCACGUGUGUCAGUGCUCAAAGGUACGCUCGGCUAUGUUGGGGGCUAAGCAGAAGACCAGCCUUCGCUGUAAGCACUCGCCUGAAAUCCACCCCGGCAGCCGCCCUGGUGGAGGAGAACACGACCGUCGAUGCCUCGCCCCACGAUAACAAUAAAAGGGACUCGCUGGACUUGACCUUCUGUGACCAUGAGGCGGCGUUCAAGAGCAAGACGACCGGCGAAGUGUUGCGUGCCCUGCUGGUGUUUAAGUUGUGCGGCGUGGAGUACUUGGUGAAGAACAACGAGCAGCUCCUGAAACUUGGAAGGACGAUACUCGGGAAUAAAUUGUUCGUUGCUCUCAUGAAAGCCACCUUCUACGGGCACUUCGUCGCGGGGGAGGACCAGAUCAAAAUUCAGCCCACGUUGGAGAGACUUCAUUCCUUCGGCGUCAAAUCCAUCUUAGACUACUCUGUUGAAGAAGACAUAAGCUCGGAAACUGCGGAGAGGAGGGAGAUGGAACUUCACCAAAGCGUAGGCUCACGUUAUAAGCCCCUUCCAACGAGCUGCGAGUCCAAGGCGGAGGGCUCGAACGUCCUGGAGAGGUACACGCCGCAGAGAAAGUUCGCAGACCGCCGCUAUCAAGUGUCAGGGGCAAGGACUUACUUCUACGUGAAUGAGGCGCAGUGUGAGAAGAACAUGGAAACCUUUAUCAACUGUAUGGACGCUGUGUCAGAUGCUACCAAAGGCACGGGCUUCGCUGCCAUCAAGAUGACCGCUCUGGGCCGUCCACAGGUGUUGAUGCAGCUGUCAGAAGUGAUCUACCGCACCCGGCAGUACUUCACCCAGGUGACAGGGGAGUCUGGACCAAUGAUGUUCUCGGACAUCAACACAGAUGUCUUUGAGAAGAGGUUCCGUGAAGAGAACAUUCACACAGACAACCCAGCAAUUCGUGAGUGGCUGGAUAACAUGACUUACGACACUAAGGGCCUGAUCCACCUGUUCUCCUGGUCUGGCCUCAUCGAUGCAAACAUCCUGCUGAGUGAUCUGUUCCGUGUGCCCAACCUCAACACCGGCCAGAUGGAGCCAAUCAUCUCAGCACUCACCACAGAGGAGGAGGAGAUGUUCAAGAAUAUGAUGCGUCGCCUGCACACCAUCUUCAGGUAUGCCAGGGAGCGGGAUGUGAGGGUGAUGGUGGACGCUGAGCAGACGUACUUCCAGCCAGCCAUCUCCCGCCUCACCCUGGAGAUGAUGAAGAAGUACAACCAGGAGAAAGCCAUCGUCUUCAAUACCUACCAGUGCUACCUGAAGGAGACACUCAACAACCUCUCACUUGACCUUGAGCAGUCAUAUCGGCAGAAGUUCUUCUUUGGAGCCAAACUUGUCAGGGGAGCUUACAUGGAGCAGGAGCGAGCCCGUGCAGAUGAGCUUGGCUAUGAAGACCCCGUCAACCCGAGCUACGAGGCCACCACCCAGAUGUACCACGACUGCUUGGAGGAGUGCCUCAGGCGCAUCAAAUUCAACAAGUCUUUUGGAGACACUCAGAAGAUUGCCAUCAUGAUCGCCUCCCACAAUGAGGACACUGUGGGCUACACUGUCAACAAGAUGCAGGAUUAUGGCAUCCACCCACAGGACAGAGUGAUCUGCUUCGGACAGCUGCUGGGAAUGUGUGACCACAUCUCCUUGCCGCUAGGACAAGCUGGCUACUCGGUGUACAAAUACGUCCCCUACGGCCCGGUGAACGAGGUGUUGCCGUACUUGUCCAGGAGAGCGACAGAGAACGGCUCCAUCCUGAUCAAGCUGGAGAAGGAGAAGCAGCUGCUGAAGCGAGAGCUGUGGCGGCGCAUCACCCACGGCCAGAUGUUCUACAAGCCGAAGGGGAACUACAUACCUGUCGGUGCCCGGCCUCACUGAUGCGGAGGGGCAGCUGUGAGUUGUGUGUUGCUGUGGCAUUGAGCAUAUCUUUGUUACACUUGUUUCACUUGCCAGUUCAUUUAUUUUACAGUCAAUAUUUGAAGUGCAGAGAUGUUUUACAAGGUACCAGCUGAAAGACAUUGGGAUAACUUGCUUUUCAUUAUUAUUAUUAUUAUUAUCAUCAUUAUUAUUAUUGUUGGUUUGUUAUUUAUAUUUAUAUUUUCUUGUCCUACCAUCUUUAUAUUCUAACUCAUUAUGUCAUUCUAAGCAAAAUUUUAAAAGAGGUUGGCAUCAUUUACUUGUCAUUAUUGUUGAUCAUUGUUUUUAUUCAUUUGUAUUUUUUUUUUACUUUGUGUGUUGUCUCAAAGCAGAAUUUUAAAGCUGACCAGUUUAUUUUCGUUACCUUUAUUAUUACCACUGUGUUUACUCUAGGUUUACUUAUUUCACUCACUGUUGUUUCAAAGCAGAGUUUUCUCUGCUGCUGGAGGAGGAGAGGGUCUUGCAGUUGUAUAAAUUGCUCUUAGUAUUGUGGAUUGAUGCUUCACUAUCCAUCCACAUUUACAUUUCUGUCCAGUCAUGUCAAGGUGAGUGGUGUGGAUGUGUUCUCCGUGCCGUGCCGUGCUGUGCCGUGUCCAGGUGUCCAGGGAAGUGCUUACAUUGUGUGUACUUACAAUAUGCAGCCCUCCUUGUGUUACUGCAACUCAAGAUUAAUUACAGUUCCCCUCACAGUUUCCUUGUUACACUUUCCACAACUGUUUUAUUUCUUUUCCAGUGAAACAUUUUUCAUAAUCAACUCUUUGUAAAAUUUUUACAGAUUCUUUAUCACAGCAAGUUUUCUUUCUUUUUUUUUUUUUUCAGUAUUUCUGGGUAUCUCUGGACCUGUCUUUUGUGUGAUAGAACAUAUCAUUUUGAAUGCUGUUGUAUUCCUUAUUCAUGGACUUAACCCAGGUGAUGUUAUAUUGAUGUUGACAUUGAUGGCAGACUUUUGUCACUGAUUCUGCCUUGUUUCUCCUAAUUGUUAUACUUACAGGGCUUGUGCUGUAUUGAUGCAUCUUUAUUUGAGGCAUCAUAUAAAGAUUGAUGGUAAUAUUUUGUGGAUACUUUAGUAUGUCAUGGCACUGAAGCACCACAUUCUGUAAUGCAUCAUGAAAUUAGGCAAAAGCUUCCAUAGAGGGUCUGAGGUAUAGGAGCUGUAAAAGAUGUAUUUGUUUUAGAUAUUAUUGCUUAUAUUUCAUCCUCCAUCAGAUAUACUGCCAUGUUUGUAUUAUUGUAUUACAGAAUUUCAUUGCCAUCAAUGCUGUCAAUGAUAACCAAAUUAUAAAACUGCAUUUUGUACUUAGUUGAAUGUAGAACUGUUUUAAACA